UGCCUCAGCAUUCCCACUGGUUUGCUGCCCCAUUUCUGUCUGCAUAGCAAUUAAACUUAGGGGAAAAAACUGUUUUUCCAUUGGAAGGAUAUGGGACAAGCUGUGAAUUAAUUGUUUGUUUGUUUUUAAGAUUGUUUGGGCCUGAAAAUACUGACAUGACUUUGCCUCCUGUGAAAUUUAAAUGCAUUCUAAUAAUCAUUUCUACUUUUGCAUAUGUAAAUUAUAAAUCAACAAGUACAUUUUAUGCAGAUUUAUGUCCUAUAUACCUGGGCCAUAAACCUCAUUAAAUGCUUAGCAACAUGUCUGAUACUAAAUGCACGUGUUUAGAACCAUCUCCAAAAUCCAGAAGGUUUGCUGUUUGUAACCUCUGCAGUGCAUCUGUUUGUGCUCUUUAUCUGACAAAUUGAAUCAAUUGUGAAUGGGAUGUUUCAUGAACUUUCUGUGCUUGCUGGUACUCUUAAGAAAACUUUUGAUGGCACAAAGACCUCAUCUUUGCAGAGAAUCAUUAAUGCAGCACCUCUUUAUUGUUUUUCUACAGUUCUCAUUUGUUAUACUCACACAAAACAAGAAGGGACUCAGAAAUCUCCUUUAUCAAUCGUUACAGCAUUGGUGGAUAAAAUUGGGUUGUGGGAGCAGCACAUUCAUCCCGAUCUUGAUAUCAAGUUCACUGGAAAUGUUUCAUGGGUAGGAAAAACAUCCAUGGAAGUGAAGAUGCACAUGCUUCAGUUACUUAAUGGUGUCUAUUGCCCCGUGUUAGAUGCAACUUUUGUCAUGGUGGCCCGAGAUCCAGAAAAUAAAAGGCCAGCGUUUGUGAAUCCAUUGAUUCUUGAAACUCCAGAGGAAGAAAACAUAUUCAAGGAAGGAGAACUGAACAAGGUCAGAAGAAUUGAUUCCUCUCGGGCCUCCUUGCUAAAAAUGGCUCCUACUGCAGAUGAAAGAAACAUUAUCCACAACUUAUUCCUUAAUACACUGGACUCAAGAACGGUGAGUUUUCGUAGUCGCUUGUUGCCACCCAACUCCAUGUGGAUGGAAGAUACAAAAUUGAAGAGUUUGGAGAUUUGCCAUCCUCAGGAACGUAACAUUUUCAACAGAAUCUUUGGGGGAUUUCUCAUGAGAAAGGCAUAUGAACUUGGAUGGGCUUGUGCCUACAGCUAUGGAAAUAUCAGGCCUUAUGUGGUAGCCGUAGAUGAUAUUAUGUUUCAAAAACCAGUUGAAAUUGGAUCAUUAUUACUACUUUCUUCUCAGGUAUGCUAUACUGAAAAAAAUUACAUCCAGGUUCGGGUGCACAGUGAGGUUUAUGAUCCAGAUACCAGAGUACACCAUACCACAAAUGUCUUCCAUUUCACUUUUAUGUUAGAUAAGGUGAUACCAGAUGUUGUCCCCAAGACAUAUGGUGAAUCGAUGCUGUAUUUGGAUGGGAAGCGGCAUUUUGAUUCAGCUAUGAAAGAAGACAGUGCAUAAUAAGAGCACAGCACCAUAGCAAAAUGCUACAUUUGGAAAGAGGUUUACUUCAGGCAUGCUGCUUACCAGAAGGAGAUGAGAGAACAUUUUUACUCUUAAAAUAGUAUCAUGAAAGCAGAAUCCUCCAAAGCACAGGUUUCUAUCCAAAUUUUGUUACUACUUUUUAUGCAGGUUAAUUUGUUAUUUACUGUAUUGUAGGUUAAUUUAUUUAUUAUAUUUUAUGCAUGCCUUCCUUUUGUGCAAAAGAAUUAAUAUAGUACUGUAACCAUCACAAGUCAUUGGCAAAAUGAAGAAAGGUAAUUCCAUGAAACUAGCAGUGAAAGUCAUCAAAUACGAAGGUGGAUGAAAUCUUCCAGUUUUUUUGGUUCAGAGGAGGUAUCUCCAUUGAACUUAAUUUACGUUUGCCUUUAAGCAUUUACUACCACUGACUUGUAGAGGCUUACAGGUCAAUUCAGAUGCAUUAAGGCCUUUAUGCUGCCUUAUGUAGCAUCUCAUCCAUGGGGUGUCCAUUCUAAAAGAGAUGAUAAAAGCUCCUCUAAGGUUAAAGGCCUUCAUGACCCUGAUGGCACAUAUUUCUACCAAUCCCCUGACUUGUGGUAGGACUGUAAAUGUUGCUCCAUAGCUUAAAACCAACAAACAGACAGACAGACAAACUGUGUGAGUAGCUGUUGCCUGGGCCAAAUCCAGAUCGGGUCAGACAGGAAUUUUUUCGAAGGAACUAUAGGCAGGUAUGGCUGCCACAGAAAGUUUAUUGCAACUUUCUCAAACUAAGCAAGAACGUCUCAUGAAUUCAGUCUUUGAUGCACUCUCAGCCAGAUACAAAAACACUUUACUGAAAAUGUGUAUAUUUUACAUUUUAUAUAUACAAUAAAUAUAAGUGUGUAUGC